UUUAAUUAAAUAUUUUAUUUAACAAUAGUUUUUAAUAGGUGAAAAAAAAUCUAAAAAUAAACUAUUUUUCCUAUAAAAAACACCCGGAAAAAAACUAUCUUUUAUCUAAUGUUUUCCAUUUUCUUUGGCGCCAGUCGAUAGAGGAAUAAAACCAUUAGCAGCAAUCCUUAAAACAUAUACCCAAUUCCUUAACUUGUUAAAAUUUGAUGCUCAAUCCAAUACUCAAAAACCAAACAACAAUCCCAUGUUUCUUAACCAAAUUUCUCUUCAUGGUUCCUCCACUUACUUCUUCUUUAAUCACUUUCCUUUCCUUAAACUCAAACCCCACCAAAUCUCUCUCAAACACACCCAGAAGAACUUGCAAAAGUAUUUUAUUAGGAACUGGAGAAUAUUGAGAUUAGAUUGUUUGCAUACUAAUGCGGUUUCUCAUUCAUUUGAUGACCUUUCUAUUGAAGAAAAUGAAGGGAAUUCAAAGGAAGUUGCUUUCUUGCAUUGGAUGGAAAAUAGAGGGAUUAAAGGCAAUCAUCAAACUUUUCUUUGGCUUUUAGAUGGUUGUUUGAAUUCUGGGUCUCUAGAGGAAGGAAAGAAGCUUCAUGGGAAGAUUUUGAAGAUGGGUUUCAGUAAUGAACACUUUUUAUCUGAAAAGCUCAUGGAUAUUUAUAUUGCUUUAGGUGAUUUAGAUGGUGCAAUCAAGGUUUUCGAUGGUAUGCCAAAAAGAAAUGUUUUUUCUUGGAAUAAAGUGAUUUCUGGAUUUGCUUCAAAUAAAAUGAAUGAUAAAAUACUGGGGUUUUAUUCAAGGAUGGUAGCUGAAAAUGUGAAUCCUAAUGAGAGUACAUUUGCCAGCAUUUUAAAGGCAUGUACAGGUAGCAAUGUUUGGUUUCAGUAUGUUGAACAAAUUCAUGCUAGGAUUAUUCGUGAUGGUUUUAGUUUUAGCUCCUUUGUUUGUAACCCAUUGAUUGAUCUGUACAUGAAAAAUGGAUUUAUAGAUUCAGCGAAGAAGUUAUUUGAUAAACUAUAUGUGAAGGAUACUGUUUCUUGGUUGGCUAUGAUCUCCGGCUUAUCUCAAAAUGGAUAUGAGGAGCAAGCUAUUUUGUUGUUUUUUGAGAUGCAUAUAGCAGGAAUUUUACCUACACCAUAUGUCUUUUCUAGUGUUUUAAGUGCUUGCACAAAAAUAGAGUUCUUUAAGUUGGGAGAGCAGCUCCAUAGCCUUGUUUUCAAACUGGGAUUUUCUUCUGAGACUUAUGUCUGCAAUGCUUUAGUUACUUUAUAUUCACGCUCUGGGAAUUUGGUAUCUGCCGAACUAAUUUUCAGCAAUACAUUGCUACGGGAUGGUGUCACUUAUAACUCACUGAUCUCUGGGUUAGCACAGUGUGGAUAUAGUGAUAGAGCUCUAGAAUUGUUUGAGAGAAUGCAGCAUGAUUGCUUGAAACCGGACUGUGUUACAGUUGCCAGUCUUUUGGGUGCCUGUGCAUCUCUUGGAACUUUAUUUACAGGUAAGCAACUUCAUUCAUAUGCCAUAAAAGCUGGGUUUUCUACGGACUUAAUUGUUGAAGGAUCUCUGCUUGAUCUUUAUGUUAAAUGCUCUGAUAUAGAUACUGCAUAUGAGUUCUUUAGUACAACGGAGACUGUAAAUGUAGUUUUGUGGAAUGUGAUGCUGGUUGCAUAUGGGCAGUUAGAUAACCUUAGUGAGUCUUUUCAUAUAUUUAGACAGAUGCAGAUUGAGGGCUUGGUGCCUAACCAAUUUACCUAUCCAAGUAUUUUAAGAACUUGCACUUCCGUCGGAGCAUUCGACUUAGGAGAGCAGAUUCAUUCUCAAGUGAUUAAAACUGGUUUCCAGUAUGAUGUUUAUGUCUGUAGUGUAUUAAUUGACAUGUAUGCUAAGCUUGGAAAGUUAGAAACUGCCUUAGAAAUUCUCAGAAGACUUCCUGAGGAGGAUGUAGUUUCCUGGACAGCUAUGAUUGCAGGGUACACACAGCAUGAUAUGUUUGAUGAGGCUCUUAAACUUUUUGGAGACAUGCAGAACCAAGGGAUUCAAUCUGAUAACAUAGGACUUUCGAGUGCAAUCAGUGCAUGCGCUGGUAUUCAAGCACUCAGUCAAGGACGGCAAAUUCAUGCCCAAUCUUUUCUCUCCGGUUUCUCAGAUGAUGUUUCAAUUGGCAAUGCGCUUGUUAGUCUUUAUGCUAGAUGUGGGCAGAGGCAUGAUGCAUAUACAGCAUUCAAAAAAAUUGAUAAAAAAGAUAAUAUAUCAUGGAAUGCAUUGAUAUCCGGACUCGCACAGAGUGGGUUCUGCGAGGAAGCAUUGCAGGUUUUUUCUCAAAUGAAUACAGCAGGAGUGGAAACUAAUUUAUAUACUUUUAUCUCCUCAGUUAGUGCUGCCGCUAAUACUGCUAAUUUAAAACAAGGAAAGCAGAUCCAUGCCAGGAUAAUAAAAAAGGGGUAUGACUUAGAAACUGAGGUGUCUAAUGCUUUGAUCACAUUGUAUGCAAAGUGUGGUAGCAUUGAUGAUGCAGAAAAGGAAUUCUCAGAAAUGCCUGAGAAAAAUGAGAUUUCUUGGAAUGCCAUUAUCACAGGCUAUUCUCAGCAUGGAUCUGGUAUCAGGGCAAUAAAUCUCUUUGAGAAGAUGAAACAGGUUGGUGUGAGACCAAAUCAUAUAACUUUUGUGGGAGUUUUAUCAGCUUGUAGUCAUGUGGGUUUGGUGGAAGAGUGCCUUGGCUACUUUGACUCCAUGAGCAAAGAACAUGGCUUAGUGCCUAAACCUGAACAUUAUAAUUGUGUUGUUGAUCUUCUCAGCCGAGCUGGUCUUUUGUGUCGUGCAAGAAAAUUUAUAGAGGAUAUGCCUAUUGAACCAGAUGCCAUCAUUUGGAGGACCCUCUUAAGUGCUUGUGCAGUUCAUAAGAAUGUAGACAUCGGAGAAUUUGCUGCUUAUCACCUUCUUAAAUUGGAACCUCAAGACUCAGCAAGUUAUGUCCUUCUCUCUAAUUUAUAUGCAGUGGCUAGGAAAUGGGAUUCCAGGGAUUGUACAAGGCAAAUGAUGAAAGAAAGAGGUGUGAAAAAGGAGCCUGCUCAAAGCUGGAUUGAGGUUAAGAGUUCAAUUCAUGCAUUUUUUGUUGGUGACCGGCUUCAUCCACUGGCUGAGAAGAUAUAUGAGCACUUAGAAGAUCUGAAUCAACAAGCAGCUAAAAUUGGUUAUGUACAAGACCGUUAUAGCCUUUUCAGUGAUGUGGAACAAGGAGAAAAGGACCCGACUGUUUAUAUUCACAGUGAGAAGCUGGCUAUUGCAUUUGGGCUCCUUAGUUUGCCCAGUGCAAUUCCAGUUCGUGUGAUUAAGAAUCUUCGUGUGUGUAAAGAUUGCCAUAAUUGGAUCAAGUUUGUGUCGAAGAUAUCUAAUCGGCCAAUUAUAGUCCGGGAUGCAUACCGGUUUCAUCAUUUUGAAGGUGGCUCUUGUUCCUGCAGAGAUUACUGGUAAUUGGUAAAUAGUAAAUGAUGUACUAAAGUGGCUUUGAAAAUGCACCUUGAUUUUAUCCCAGUGGGUGAUUUCAUACUUCAUUUAGCGAACAAUUGCUUAUGGUAGGAUUCUGCCUUUAUUGAUUAUCUUCAUAAGACUCCAGUUAUCUGAUCAUCAUUUGAUAGUGCUGUUUUCUUUUGCAGAGAUAACCAGUCAAUUGGUGCUUAUUCUGAGCCUCCUUCUGAAAGGCUUGUGAAUAAUAUUUCAGUUUCUAAUGAUCGCCAUUCACUUCAUUUUGCUUUGCACCAUGAAGCAUCAACAGCACAUUUGAUGUGCUUAUUCGAUUGAUCCUCGCUUCCCUUUUCUGCUUGUGGGUUGAAAUUAGAAAAAGUUCAAUGUGCAACAAGUUUGUCCUGUAGAUCAGUUUAUCUCACUUUUUGCUGUCUGUCUGCAAUACCAGAAGCUAUCUGCUCUGAUGUUAGACAAUAAGGUAACUUAAUUUCCUCUUAAAUGUUAUGGUUGAUGGUUCAUGUUGUACAUUUUCUUGAGAUUACCAACAUUGUAGCUUUAAGUUGUAUAACACACAUGCAAAGUGGCGGAUAUGGAUAUGUAUCAGACACUUAACAUUGAGAUGUUAAAAUUGUUUUUUAAGUUUACCCAUGUACUUUGAGACUCCUCGGAGAGCCAUAUCCAAAUACCAAUAUCCAGAUAUGUGCCGAAUACGAGCAUUUCAAGAAAAAUAAAAAGAUGGAGUUACAGUUAUUAAACUUAAAAAUGAAAUAGGGAGGGAAACAGCAUGUCUAUCUUGAUUAUUAUGCUAGUCCAUAUCUUUUACAACCUCUUUCAUCUAAUUGUUUGAACAUUAUGGUAUAUCUAUUUAUUUUUCUAAUAAAUAAUGUUGUGCUUCCCUUGUCAUAUAUGUGUCAUGGAGUACAUGUGCUCACUCGCCAAAGUGCCUUUUUUGGUUUGCUUUGUUUUAUGGUGAAUUUAGUGUUCCCAUCUAAGACAUGAAAGUCUGCGAUUUCUUUAAUGCUAUAAUAAUAAUUUUUUUUCCUUAUUGCUGAAGUAACAUAAUGUAAAAUUUGUUACGUGUACUCAAAUUGAAUCUCUUUUUUAACGUUCAAUGGUGGCAACUAGACUUUGUUUUUAAUACUUCUGUUGUGUGGGACAAAGACUGAAUUGUUUAACGUUUGUCUCCAUUUUUGUUUCAACACUGGCAAUAGGGGCAGUUUGGAAAUUAUCACUGUAAUGGGACAAUGCAUUUUGCCAUAAAAUUAAAAUCUGCUUUUCUCACUUCGAAGGCUUGACUUUGCUACAUACAGAUCUAAAUAUUGUUGGCAUCCAUCCAUUUUCAAGUCCCCAACAUAUGUCUCUAAGUUCCAUCCUUCCCAAACUCACUAUUCCAUCAUUCUUGUGGCAGAAACAAGCAUGGAAGUGUCAUCAUCUUCACUUACUCUUAAGGACUGAGUAGCAAUAGUAACCGGUGGCUCUUUUGGAACCACUUUCAUUCUCUCAGUGCAAGAGUUGCAACAUCUGAGUUAAAUGUCAUCGUAUGUCACUGAUCAACCCUGAGCAGUUGCUAUCAAGGUUGAUGUUUCAGAUCCUGAACAAGUCAAGCUACUCUUUGAUAGAACUGAGCAAGAAUCUGGCUCCAAAAUAUACCUCUUUGUCAACUCUGCAGGGAUAAGGGAUCAAAAGUACCCAACCUUGGAAAUACAGCAGUGGAGGCUUGGGAUAUGACAUUCAGCAUAAACACUACAGGAUCAUUCCUUUGUAGUCACAAGGUGGCAAAUCAUUUGACACGCUAUGGCUGAGGAAGAAUCAUAAUGAUCUUAACAUCUCUGGUGGGAUCCCUCUUACCUGGAUACCAUCUUAUGUUGCUUCCAAGCCAGCCGUUGGGGCAAUGACAAAGAUUUUGGCCAAGGAACUUAAAGGCACGAAGAUAACUGCAAAUUGUGUUGCACCUGGGCCAGGAGCCACAGAGUUGUUCUUUGCUGGUAAAACUGAAGAAACUAUCCAGAGAUUUGUGGAUGUUGUCCCCUUUGGUUGGUGAGCUGAGGAUAUAGCAGGAAUUGUAGGCUUUUUAGCUGGAGAUGCUGGAGAGUGGACCAAAGGGUGGGUCAUUAGAGUCGAUGGAGGAGUUGUUUGAACACUUAACAGCAUCAUGCUGCGAUGUAUCUUUCUUUAGAUUUUUCUCUUUGAAUUUGAUGAUAUGGUUAAACUGGAAUUUGUAAAUCUGUUCAUAAAAAUGUAUCCAAAAAAUUUUCUGAUAAUAAA